CCCAACAUUGUUGUAUCAAGUAUGAAAGUGUGACGUCAUCACGAUAGUAUACUGACUGUAUUAUGUCAUAGAUCUGCGGCCCAGUUCCGCCUGUCAGUGUGAGCUCCCAGCAUGCACUGCGCUCAUGUCAAUAUGGCGGCGCCCAGUGACCGGCAGCCUUCUAACCCUCUCAGCGGGUUCCCGUUCGCUAUCCCGGGGGUGAAGCAGGAUGGGGUCGGUCAGGAGGGGGAGGCGAAGCCCAAGAAGCCGUGCAGAGCCUGUAUGGACUUCAAGAGCUGGAUGAGGGAGCAGAGGAAGCAGAGCGCGGCCCCGCAGGAGGGUGAUGUGGAGGAUAAGGAGCGCCCCGCCGAGUGUCCAUUAGAUCGAGAAGAGCUUGGCCGCAGUACCUGGUCCUUCCUGCACACAAUGGUGGCGUAUUACCCGGACCGCCCCUCUGAUACACAACAACGGGAAAUGAGCUUCAUCAACCUCUUCUCCAAGUUUUAUCCCUGUGAUGAGUGUGCGGAGGACCUGAGAGAGAGGUUGACAAGUACACAACCGGACACCAGCACCAGACACAACCUGUCCCAGUGGAUGUGCAGGCUUCACAAUGAUGUCAAUAGGAAGCUGGGCAAGGCCGAAUUCGACUGCUCCAAAGUGGAUGAGCGAUGGCGAGACGGCUGGAAAGACGGGUCAUGUGACUGACUCACACUUACCUCUAGUGAUUUUUGUCUAUUUUCUUACUGUCGGUGGGAUUUCAGUCAAGUUCUCAGUGCUGGUAAUGGGACGUGACGGUCUGCAGGUGAAGGACACAUAAGGACAUUUUCCUUAACGUUCACCCAAUCAAUAAUGAUACCCCAAAGAAUGUGUGUGUUACAUAGGGCGGAGGGGAAUUAACAUAUCCCGUACACCAGCUGCUUAUUAUUAUUGCCUCAGUCAUGGCACUAUUAUGAAAAGGGGGCAGGGCUAAGCGGCAAGUGAUGGGGGCACUUCUCCGGCUUCUAGUUGGCCAACAAUGGGGGAGAUUUAUCAAAAACUGUGCAGAGGAAAAAUUGCUCAGUUGCCCAUAGCAACCAAUCAGAUCGCUUCUUUCAUAUUUCGGAGGUCUCUUUAAAAAUUAAAAGAAGCGAGCUGAUUGGUUGCUAUGGGCAACUUUUGAUCUCCCCCCCCCCCCAAUGUACGAAAAAAGAUGCACCAAAUUUAUUAAAAGACCUGUGUCUUUAAAUAAAUUCGUUAUAUCUUAUUCCACCAUGUUUUGAUUUAGAGGAGUUGUCUGGGACCACAAAUUAUUUUUUUUUUAAUAAAAAAAUAAAUAAAAUUGCAUUGGGUUCAGGCUGACAUAAAAAUAAGUGAUAUUCACCUGCCUGAUUCCCCGUGGUUGCCGCCAUGAUAGUGCCUUGCCUCUGCCGAUUGGCGCUAAUUGCUAGCAUUGUAUUACAGUGCGAAAACAUUAAACAUGUACUCCACCACUAGACAUCUUUUCCCCUAUCCAAAGGAUCGUUUAGAAUGCUGGGUGUGGGUGGCGGGGGUUGUGAUGUAACUGCCACGCCCCCUCGUGACGCCACACCACGCCCCCCCUCGUGACGCCACACCACGCCUCCCUCGUGACACCACGCCUCCCUCGUGACACCACGCCUCCCUCGUGACGCCACACCACGCCUCCCUCGUGACGCCACACCACGCCUCCCUCGUGACACCACGCCUCCCUCGUGACGCCACACCACGCCUCCCUCGUGACACCACGCCUCCCUCGUGACGCCACACCACGCCUCCCUCGUGACGCCACACCACGCCUCCCUCGUGACGCCACACCACGCCCCCCUCGUGACGCCACACCACGCCCCCCUCGUGAUGUCACACCAUUCCCCUCUCAAUGCCGCGCCAGUCUAUGGGAGGGUGAGUGACUGCCAUCACGCCUCCUCCCAUAGACUUGCUUUGAAGGGGCGUGGCCGUGACAUCAUGAUCAAAUAGUUCCGAACGCUGGGACAGUGGAGUAUCCCUUUAAGGACAGUGCUUGGCUGCAGCUGGGUAUACAGAUGUCUCAUUAGAGCAGCGGUACUGAAACAAUGGAGGGUUUCUCAGAUGUGUAAUUGUUUUAUUGUUAUUUUGUGGCCAAUACUUUUCUGAUCCCUGAAGAUCAAUUUAAAGUGUUAUUGUCAUAUGACAAAACUGCUGACAUAUCAAAAGUUUUGAUCACAUCGGGUCUCCCUCUUGAGACAGCUGCAAUUGCUCACUCCCUAGCUGUUAGUCAAAUCCGACCUUUUUUGCUAUAUGUCUAUGACAGCGUUUCUUCAACCAGGGUUCCUCCAGCUGUUGCAAAACUACAAUUCCCAGCAUGCCCGGACAUGCUGGGAGUUGUAGUUUUGCAACUGCUGGAGGCACCCUGGUCGGGGAAACACUGGUCUAUGGAGUGAAAAGGUCAGAUCUGGCAAUGCCAUCCACCUUCCUGGCUUAUAACUCCGGGAUGCCGCAGGUCUCGAGUGACCCGGUGCGAUGUAAAGGGGUACUCCGCCCCUAGACAUCUUAGCCCCUAUCCAAAGGAUAGGGGAUAAGAUGUCAGAUCGCGGGGGUCCCACCUCUGGGGACCCCCGGGAUCUCGGCUGCAGCACCCCGCUGUCAUUACUGCACAGAGCAAACACUCUCUGUGCGUAAUGACGGGCAAUACAGGGGCCGGAGCAUUGUGACAUCAAAGCUCCGCUCCCUCGUGACGUCACGGCCUGCCCCCUAAAUACCAGUCUAUGGGAGGGGGCAUGGCGGGCGUCUCGCCCCUCAGAUAGACUUGAAAUAACGGGGCGGGCCCCUGUAUCACCCGUCAUUACGCACAGAGCGAGUUUGCUCUGUGCAGUAAUGACAGCAGGGUGCUGCAGCUGAGAUCCCAGGGGUCCCCAUCGGCCGGACCCCUGCUAUCUGACAUCUUAUCCCCUAUCCUUUGGAUAAGGGAUAAGAUGUCUAGGGGCGGAGUACCGCUUUAAAGGUAAAUCCAUCCAUAAGAUAUCUUGUGAGGUUGUACCUCUGCCUGUUUAAAGCACAAGCCCCUUUUUAUCACCAUCUGCCAUAAACCUCUGAUAGAUGCGGGUCCUAACUCUGGGACCUUCACUUGACCGUCCUGGCCCCGGCCAUUCUGGUUGUGGCCAUUGGAGGUGGUUGGAAACAGCUAAACCAUCUGUUUUCUACAGUUUGCGUCAUUCCUGUUGACAUUGCUGCUUUAUUGCUUAGGCAACUCCCAUCAACCUCUAUAGGAGUUAUAUAAACUGCAUAAAAAAAACAACCCAUUCCAUUGUUUUUGGCUUCCUUAGGGCCCCUCGAUCUCGAGAUAUAUGUGGGGUUCACCUCUGGGACCUUCACCUAUCAGACACAGCUACAGAUGGGAAUACACUUUUAAGCAUUUGAAUUAUUUUAAAAAAAAACAUUCCAAGAUUUUUUUUUUCUGCUUAUAAAGGCUAUUGUUAGAGAAUAAUGUAGAGGUUCUUGUGUAUGCCUUGUGUAUACCUGUUUUAGCUAAUGUGACAAGCAUGAGUUUUUUUGUAUUUUGUAUUUUUUUUAUUUUUUAAGCUAUACAGGUGGCAAUUCCAUGCAAUGACCACAUGACCCAGUUACAGUACUGGGACUUAUGGAAUGUACUCCAGGUCACUCUCUGAAAUCAUAGCUAUACUGCUGGUCAUCAUGGAAUCUUGUCAUUUCUGAAUCUUGGUUAUGUUCAAGAUUUGUGUACUUAAAACACAUGCUGUGCUGUGCUGUGCUGUGAUCCCACAGCAUGACCACUGCAUGACCACUGCUAUCGGAAUGUGAAGGCAAGAUGGCUGUUGCCUGGGUUGGCAUUUUCUGCUGCUAGGUACUGCAGUUCUGUGAGCUGAGGUCCUCGUUGCCGGGCCUCGAGCUCUGUAGCUUUCCCCACAAUGGGCAAUGAUAGUUUGCUUAUGCUCAGCCUACUCCGCUAUAAGGCCUUGUUCACACUGCGGAAUUUCCGAGUGAAAUCCGGCAGGAGAAUUCCUCUCUGAAAUUCCGUUGCAGCAGAGUCCCAUUGUUUUCAAUGGGAAUCUGCUGCACCGUGCACAAUGCAAUUUCUGAAACAUUUGCCGAAAAAAUUCCCAUUCCGGCUUCCGCAGAAAGAAUAGACAUGUCCAUUCUUUCCGCGGAAUCCGUUAGCAUUGCCGCAUUUCUGAGCGGUCCUGAUGACGUUCCGCGGAUUUACACGUAGCCUGACAAUAUAUGCGAGGUGGUUUCCUUACAGGGGGCUUUGCUCUUUGCUGUCUUUAGUGAUUUUUUUUUGUGCUUUUUGCGCACCUGAUGAGCGUGUGGGGAAUUUAUGUUAUGUUGAUACACAGCAGCCAGUGUGAGUGAGCACAGCCGCAGUAUAAAGCAUAGAGAGGAACAGUGCAACCGUAUGGAUCUACGGCAAGCCAGUGGGGACAAUUUCAGACGCCUAAGGCUUUGUUUACAUUGCCGUUGGACUUCGCUAUUCAGAGUUCCGUCGGCAAUUUCAUCGUGCAGGCGCUUUUUUUU